AUGAUGGAAGGAAACAGGAGCGAAUCCACAGGGCCAAGUGAUAGCCAAUUAGAGUGUGAGCGGACCCAGCCAUCGGAAGAGAUUUCUAUCUGCGAACGCAAGCCUGAGGACGCCCCGGCCGUAUGUGAGCGCAAGAAUUCAGACAGUCAUCGCGAACGAAAAAAUGAAGACGCUCAGGAACAACGAACAAAGCACGAAAAGAAAAAAGCACGUCAUCGUGAAAAGGCAAAGGCAGACAAUUCAGAAGAAGAAAGAGCAAAACAAACGCAGCGGAAGGGCACUGAACGAGCGUCUCCUGCAAAGAAAAGUGAUAAAAAUGAUACAUCCCAGAGACGGCGCAAACAAAAAGGCGGCACAAAUUCAAUCAGAAGAAUCUUUGGUACUGAAGUCCAUGACACCUGCAUCUGCACCUCACGACGUAAGUGA